AUGCAUAUAGAAAACCCACAACAAAGUGGUAAGUUCAGAAUCUCCAUUGAUAGAGGUGGUACAUUCACAGAUGUUAUAGGUAAUAAAGGAUCCGGUAAACAAGAGGAUGAUGUGAUAUUUAAAUUAUUAUCAGUAGACCCUAAGAAUUAUCCUGAUGCUCCCUUAGAAGGUAUUAGGAGGAUAUUGGAAAUAUUUGAACAUAAAAAGAUUCCUAGAGGUAUGCCGUUAGAUAUCUCUAAUGUGGCAAGUAUUAGAAUGGGAACCACUUUGGCUACAAAUAGCGCUUUAGAAAGGAAAGGUGAACGUUGUGCAUUCAUUACAACCAAAGGAUUUAAAGAUGCUUUAUUGAUAGGGGACCAAACUAGGCCAAAGAUUUUUGAAUUGAAUAUUAAGAAAUCUAAACCAUUAUAUGAAACUGUGGUGGAAAUUGAUGAAAGAGUUACGUUAGAAGAUUUCACUGAACAAUCUCCAUUCAAAAAAUCAAGUGUGCAUGCGGGCGAUAAUAAUCUUGUAUUGGGAGAAAGUGGCGAAAUUGUAAGGAUUUUAAAGAAACCAAAUGAAGUAGAUGUAAAAAAGAUUUUAAACUCAAUAUAUAAUACCGGUAUAAGAUCUAUUGGAAUUGCAUUUUUACAUUCAUACACAUACCCAAAUCAUGAAAAAUUAGUCGGUAGAAUCGCAAAAGAAGUCGGAUUUACUCAUGUUUCUCUUUCAUCGGAAGUUUCGCCAAUGAUUAAAUUCUUACCAAGAGCUCAUAGCUCAGUAGCUGAUGCAUAUUUAACUCCAGUGAUUAAAUCCUAUCUAGAUAGUAUUUCUAAAGGCUUAGUAAAUUCGGAAAAUACAAGUAUCCAAUUUAUGCAAUCAGAUGGUGGACUUGUAGAAGGUGAGAAAUUCUCUGGUUUAAAAUCAAUCCUUUCUGGUCCAGCAGGUGGGGUGGUUGGUUAUUCAAGAACGUGUUUUGAUCGAAAAAGUAAAGUCCCAUUGAUUGGCUUUGAUAUGGGUGGUACUUCUACAGACGUUAGUAGAUUCGGUGAUGGUAAAUUAGAACAUGUCUUUGAAACUACAACUGCAGGUAUUAUUAUUCAAUCGCCACAAUUGGAUAUCCACACUGUGGCAGCUGGUGGAAGUUCAAUCUUAACUUGGGAAAAUGGUCUGUUUAAAGUGGGUCCUGGUUCAGCAGCAGCAGAUCCUGGUCCAUCCGCUUAUCGUAAAAAUGGACCUUUAACAAUUACUGACGCUAAUUUAGUUCUAGGAAGAUUAGUACCACAAUUCUUCCCAAAUAUUUUUGGUCCAAAUGAAGAUCAACCUUUAGAUUUGGAAACUCCAACUAAAAAAUUCAAUGAGUUAGCUCUCAAAAUAAAUAAAGAUUUAAAUCUGGAAAUGACGUCUGAAGAAGUCGCUUACGGAUUUAUUGAAGUGGCAAAUGAAUCAAUGGCAAGACCAAUUAGGGCAAUUACUGAGGCCAAAGGUUAUUCAGUCUCUAAACAUAAUUUAGUUACAUUUGGUGGUGCUGGUGGUCAACAUGCCGUCGCUGUGGCUGAAUCAUUGGGUAUAAGUACAGUUAUUGCCCACCGAUAUUCAUCCGUUUUAUCUGCAUACGGUAUAUAUUUAGCAGACGUCGUUGAAGAAACACAGGAACCAUGUUCUUUGAUUCUGAAUUCAAGUUCGACCAUAAAUGAAUUGAAGCAAAAAUUCGAACAAUUGACUGAGAAAUCCACCAAUGAAUUAAUUAAGCAAGGAUUUCAAAAGGAAAAUAUAAGUAUUGAAAAAUAUUUAAACCUUAGAUAUGAAGGAACAGAAACACCGUUGAUGAUAAGGCAAAGAAAGAAUAAGUGGGAUUUUGAACAAUGGUUUGCUGAAAAUCAUAAGAGAGAAUUUGGAUUUUCCUUCCCCAACAAAAAUAUAAUAGUUGAUGAUAUUAGAAUAAGAGGAGUGGGCAAUUCAUAUGUAAGAGAAGAUGAUUCUGCCGAAGCACAACUUUUACAAACAGAUGAAUUAACCGAACUUGAUCAUGCUAAGAAUGUUAGUUUCUAUCAAAAGGUUUUCUUCCAAAAUAGAUUUAUCGAAACGCCUGUAUUUAAAAUUGAUAAUUUACCUCUCGGAACAACUGUAGAUGGUCCAGCAAUUCUAGCCGAUGGGACGCAGACGAACCUUAUUCCCCCGAAUGCAAAGGCAACAAUUUUAAAAAGUCAUAUUCUAAUAAAUAUUAUUGACAAAUCAACAUUAAAGGAGAAAAAUAAUAACGAUGAAAUCAUUGACCCGGUUUUGUUAUCCAUUUUUAGUCAUAGGUUUAUGGAUAUUGCUGAACAAAUGGGUAUACAACUAAGGAAAACAUCUGUUUCCACAAAUGUCAAGGAGAGACUUGAUUUUUCAUGCGCUUUGUUUGAUCCUGAAGGUAAUCUUGUUGCUAAUGCACCCCAUGUUCCAGUUCAUUUAGGAUCUAUGUCUACAUGCGUGGCAGCUCAAGCAAAACUUUGGAACGGUAAAUUGAAACCAGGCGAUGUUAUCAUUACAAAUCAUCCUGAUAUCGGCGGAACACAUUUGCCCGAUAUUACAGUAAUUUCUCCAGCAUUUUCAUCUUCUGGAAACAUUUUAUUCUAUGUUGCCUCAAGAGCUCAUCAUGCAGAUAUUGGAGGUAUACUACCAGGUUCUAUCCCUCCUAAUUCAAAAGAACUAUAUGAAGAAGGAGCUGCAAUCUAUUCGGAACUGUUGAUGAAGGAUGGAAUUUUUCAAGAAGAUUUAGUUGAAUAUUUGUUUAUUACUGAACCUGCAAGUCACCCAGGUUGUUCAGGUGCAAGAAGAAUCUCAGAUAAUUUAAGUGAUUUGAAAGCACAAAUUGCAGCAAAUAAUAAGGGAAUUCAAUUAAUUGCCGCACUAGUGAAAGAAUUUAAGUACCCGGUGAUACUUAAAUAUAUGCAGGCCAUUCAAUUAAAUGCUUCUCAAACAAUUAAAGAGAUGUUGCGUCAAUUGGUUCAACAUUUCGGUUCUAAUGAAUACUCAGGUGUGGAUUAUAUGGAUGACGGAUCAAGAAUUGAAUUGAAAGUGACAUUGGAUAUCACUAAUGAAAAAUAUAUUUUUGAUUUUACAGGGACUUCACCGCAAAUAUACGGUAAUACCAAUGCACCAAAAGCAAUUACUUAUUCCGCAAUUCUUUAUUGUUUAAGAUGUUUGGUGGGGAAAGAUAUUCCAUUAAACCAAGGAUGUUUAGAUCCAAUUACAAUUAAGAUUCCAGAUGGGUCAAUUUUAAGUCCUAACACUAAUGCUGCUGUAGUAGGUGGUAAUGUUUUAACAUCACAACGUGUCACAGAUGUAAUCUUGAAAACUUUAAAUAUCCAAGCUGAUUCUCAAGGUGAUUGUAAUAAUUUUACAUUUGGUACUAGUUCUUUCAAAGAUCCUCAAACAAAUGAAACCUUUAGUGGUUUUGGAUAUUAUGAAACAAUAUGCGGCGGCUCUGGAGCUGGAUGUGAUUCAUGGGAAAGUAAAGGUUGGAAUGGUACUGAUGCAGUCCAUACAAAUAUGACAAACACACGUAUGACUGAUACAGAAGUGUUUGAAAGGAGAUAUCCAGUAAUUCUAAGGGAAUUUAGUAUUAGACAAGGAUCAGGUGGGUUAGGUAAAUUUACUGGUGGCAAUGGUGUCAUUAGAGAUAUAGAGUUUAGGCAAGAAGUCACUACGUCAGUAUUAUCGGAGAGAAGAGUUACGGCACCACAUGGUCUAAAAGGUGGUCAAGAUGGGAAAAGGGGUGAAAAUAUUUGGAUAAGAGGAGACAAAGAAACUGUAGUAAAUAUCGGAGGUAAGAAUACCAUUAUUGCGAAACCUAAAGAUAGACUUAUUAUCAAAACGCCUGGAGGUGGUGGUUAUGGGAAGUAUUAG